GGUUGUGACUCAGUUGGAGCUGGAAAUCUUAGCUCCCUCAUCGCCGGCCUGUGUUUUGAUGCCUUCACAACAGCAGCGGCAUCGGCAUCAGCGGUGCUCCUCUGACGCACCAUCCGAGGAUGAGCAUCCUUCCUGCGGGCUGACUCCCUCGACAUCCUCUUCACCCCUCGCCUCCUCUGUUCUUGCUUUCGCUUCAGCUUUUUGCUGCAAGUGCUCUGCGUGCUUUCUGACGGCGAGGAUUUGCGCACUCUUGGCUGGGAAUUUACUUGGAGAGUCACCAUCAUCACCGACCCCCCUCUUCUUCUUCUUGGUGUUUUUUGGCGGGUUGGAUGGGGGGGCAUUCCUGCUAGAUAAGAGUUUCAAAGAUGAGGAGAACAUCGCUGGGAUUGGAAUAAUCUACUCCUCCAGAGUGCAUCCACUUGUCGUCGUCUCCCCACUGCGGGGGCUGCUGCGGAUUUUAGCGCCUGCUCUCUCUCCUUGUCAACUGGGGGCCGGCGGGCGGGUGGCCGGGGGGGUGGCAGCGAACCAUCCCGCACCAGGACCAAACCCCGAGCUGAGUCGGCGAUGGCCCCCCUGUGACACGGCGGCGGGAUCCUCGUAGCAUGGCCCCAGCCCGGCGGGAGCGCAGCGGCCGGGAGAUGCUCCUCCUGGCGGUGGCGGGCAGCCUGCUCCUGGGCGCCGCGCUGCUGCAGCCGGCGCUCGCCAAGGUGUGCAACGACCGCACCAAGCGCGGACAGGACAACAGCUGGUUCGCCCGGGACGGCGAGGAUUUGCCGAUCAUGGUGCUCAUGCCCAUGAACGAGUCGGCGCUGAUGAGCAGCAUCAGCCAGGGGAUCGAACCUGCGGUGCAGCUGGCCAUCCAGCACAUGAGGGAGUCCAGGAAGUACUCGUUCUCCCUCAUCACCAAAAUCUACGACACUGAGUGCGACAACGCCAAGGGCCUGAGGGCUUUCUUCGACGCCAUCUGCUACGGCCCCAAACACCUGAUGAUCUUCGGCGGCGUGUGCCCCUCGGUCACCUCAAUCAUCGCCGAGUCCUUGGAGGGCUGGAACCUGGUGCAGCUGUCCUUCGCGGCGACCACGCCCGUCUUGGCGGACAAGAAAAAGUACCCCAACUUCUUUCGCACGGUGCCGUCGGACAACGCGGUCAACCCGGCGGUGGUCAAGUUCCUCAACUACUACAACUGGAGCCGCGUGGGGACGCUCACUCAGGACGUGCAGCGCUUCUCUGAGGUGAGGAACGACCUGACGAGCGAGUUGGAGAAGGCCGACAUCCAGAUCGCCGAUACGGAAAGUUUCUCCAACGACCCGUGCAUCAACGUGAAGAAGCUCAAGGACAACGACGUGAGAAUUAUCAUCGGGCAGUUUGACGAGAACUUGGCCUCUAAAGUCUUCUGCUGUGCGUACAACCUGAACAUGUUUGGAAGCAAGUACCAGUGGAUCAUUCCUGGCUGGUACCAGGGCAACUGGUGGGAACAAGCCAACAGCACCAACUGCACCACCAAGAAGCUGCUGGUCGCCAUGGAAGGUUACAUCAGCGUGGACUUUGAGCCGCUCAGCGCUCGCCAGAUCAAAGGCAUCUCGGGCAGGACGCCAAAGGAGUACGAGAGGGAGUACAGCCGGGAGCUUCGCCAGAAAGGGGUGGAGCCCAGCAAAUUCCACGGCUUCGCCUACGACGGCAUCUGGGUCAUCGCCAAGACCCUGACCCGGGUCAUGGACCUGCUGCGUGUCAAGCAGCGGCAAAACCACUACCACAACUUCACGGUGGACGACCACGAGGUGGGCAAGAUGGUGCUGGACGUCAUGAACGAGACCAACUUCUUUGGCGUGACGGGCCAGGUCAUGUUUCGCAACGGGGAGCGCAUGGGCACCAUCAAGUUCAACCAGUUUCAAGAGGGUCAGGAGGUGAAGGUGGGGGAAUACAACGCCAUCGCCGACGUGCUCGACCUCAUCAACAACUCCAUACGCUUCCAAGGCAUGGAGCCGCCCAAAGAUCGCACAAUCGUGCGUAAGGAGCGGCGGCACAUCAACGUUCCGCUCUACAGCAUCCUGUCCACCAUCACCAUCCUGGGCAUGCUCAUGGCCGGGGCCUUCCUCUUCUUCAACAUCAAGAACCGCAACCACCGACUGAUCAAGAUGUCCAGUCCCUACAUGAACAACCUCAUCAUCUUAGGAGGCCUGCUCUCCUACGCCUCCAUCUUCCUCUUCGGCCUGGACGGAGGCUUCGUGUCGGACAAAGAGUUCGAGACUCUCUGCACGGUGCGGACGUGGAUCCUCAUCGUCGGCUACACCACGGCCUUCGGCGCCAUGUUCGCCAAGACCUGGAGGGUGCACGCCAUCUUUAAAAAUGUCAAGAUGAAGAAGAAGAUCAUCAAGGACCAGAAGCUGCUGAUCAUCGUCGGCGGCAUGCUGCUCAUCGACUUGUGCAUCCUCAUUUGCUGGCAGAUUGUGGACCCGCUGAAGAGGACCGUGGAAGAGUACAGCCUGGAGCCGGACCCUCACGACCGAGACCUGGCCAUCCGUCCCUUCCUGGAGCACUGCGAGAACACCUACAUGAGCAUCUGGCUGGGCAUCGUCUACGCCUACAAGGGCCUGCUGAUGUUGUUCGGCUGCUUCCUGGCCUGGGAGACGCGCAACGUCAGCAUCCCCGCCCUCAACGACAGCAAGUACAUCGGCAUGAGCGUCUACAACGUGGGCAUCAUGUGCAUCAUCGGCGCCGCCGUCUCCUUCCUGACCCGCGACCAGCCCAACGUGCAGUUCUGCAUCGUGGCGCUGGUCAUCAUCUUCUGCAGCACCAUCACGCUCUGCCUGGUCUUUGUCCCCAAGUUCGUCUCCAUGAGGACCAACCCCGACGCCGCCACGCAGAACCGCCGGCUGAAGUUCACCCAGAACCAGAAGAAGGAGGACUCCAAGACCUCCACCUCCGUCACCAGCGUCAACCAGGCCAACACCUCCAGGCUGGACGCCCUGCAGACCGACAACCACCGCCUGCGCAUGAGGAUCACUGAGCUGGACAAAGAACUGGAGGAAGUGACCAUGCAGCUGCAGGACACGCCGGAGAAGACUCCCUACAUCAAACAGAACCACUACCCCGACGCCAACAACAUCCUCAGCAUACGCAACUUCACCGACAGCAAAGACGCUGACAGGAGCCUCCUGAAGAACCAUCUGGAGCAAAAACCUCAGGGCCAGUGGGGCUCCAUGGAUCCUUCCAGAAUAACUCGCGGCCCCUUGGAGGACAUCAACUCCCCUGAACACAUCCAGCGCCGGCUGUCCCUGCAGCUGCCCAUCCUGCACCACGCCUACUUGCCCUCCAUAGGGGGCGUAGAUGCCAGCUGCACGAGCCCCAACGACAGCCCCGGCUCCAGCCCGCGCCACAGACACAUGCCCCCCUCCUACCGGGUCAUGGUGUCAGGCCUGUGAGCUUCACCGGACCGCCGGCAAGACCCCGCCCCUCUCGACCACGCCGACCCCCCCCCCCCCCCAAUACACACACCACUGUCUCUUCUUGCCAAGGAGAGCCACGGCUGUUUUUUCUAGGACGAGACGGACUGAGAGCAUCAGCAACACGGAGGACGUUACUGUACAUCUGCACCGCCCCCAGGAGUGGGAGGAGCCUGGCUUCCCCUGAGCCACGCCCACCUCCGCCAGCAACAACCAAGCCUUAGCCGCUCCUCUUGUCGCACGUCAGACAUGUAAAUACCAUUCCAGACUUUUGGCUUCGUGGCGGCGGCGGCGGCGGUUUGGGGCGAUCCCACCAAAGCACACGCCACUCGAUGUUUUUCCACCGCCGCUUAGCCUCACUGCUCAUUGGAUCGGACUUUCGCGAGUGUGUGUGUGUGCGUGUGUGUGUGUGUGUUUGUGUGUGCGUGCACAAAAUACAAGAUGGCGUGAGUGAUCAUAUUGAUCGAGUCGGAAAGGAUGUAGGUCGACCACUUCCGCACUUGACCUGAAUUUCCACGAGUGGACGAGCGGCGAGGAUUGUGGGCGGAGCAUAAAGCACAUGCAGCAGCGCCCCCGACACCCCCCCCCCCCCCUCCCCCCCCUGCUGGCCGUACAAUGCCACGUCACGCCCAGCCUCCGUUGCCAUGGAAAUGUAACGCCGGCCCGUGCGGUCGCCGACCACACGACGUUUAGUUUGUGUUUUUUUUUACGUUGCUUCGGGAGAGCGAAGGACGCUUGUUGUUUUUUCUCACCAUCAGUGUCUUGGUUUUUAGUUUUGUAAAGAGGCGUCCGUCCAGCGCUGUGCCUGUCGUCGCCGAGUCCACGUCCUCACCUUCCCUUCUCCUCCCUUUCUCACGCCUCCAUGCACGGCGUGGGACCAAACCGCCGGUCACAACAAAAGAACCGGACCGAAAAACUUUGAGGCCCCUCGCUAGGCCCCGCCCACUGGAGCCAGGGAGACACCCGAGUGAGAACCGGGGUCCAAAGCCAGAAGGAAAACCACAUUUUCUAUCGUGACUUCAUGGUGAUCGUGUUCAAGUAGGUGGGCGUCGACCUCUUGUUGUCACGGGGAUGGUGUUCCCGAGGGCGUGUCCUUCGCACUUCUUUGCACGCGCUCUUUGCGUCCACACGGGGUUUCCCAAACCUUUCCAUCUUUCAGUGUUUCCAUGCCUUCAUUUAAAGCUCGCCCGCUCCGCCAGAGCAUAAGAGGACAGAGCAGGAGGGAUCAGUGGGCCCAAAUUUGCGACUUACUACCAUUCUUCUCACGGACCAGCUGUGGGCCCCUCCCACAUUGCUGGUCAUGUGACAGAACAAACCGAAGAAAUUAUAUUUCUAAUCCCACUCAUCACACUUUUGAAUGAUCGAUUAAUCGUGAUUAAUUAUUUGUUGCUCAUUUACUUGUAACGCUCUUCUCAAAAAACUGUUUUGUUUUAUGAUCUUAUUUUGAUGAUUAAUCACAUGAGUUAAUGCGUUACAUUUGACAACCCUCGUUUAUACUUAAUUAAUGUGAUAUUAUUCUGUGAUUAAUCACGAGUUAAUCCAUUAAAUUUGACAGCCGUGGUUUAUACAAGAUUAACUUGGUAUUCUUUGCAUAAUUCACAUGAGUUAAUGCAUUCAAUUUGACAGCCCUCGUUUAUACUUAAUUAAUAUGAUAUUAUUCUGUGAUUAAUCAUGAGUUAUUCCUUUAAAUUUGACAGCCCUUAUUUCUACUUAAUUUAUGCAAUAUUAUUCUGUGAUUAAUCAUGAGUUAAUGCAUUAAAUUGGACAGCCCUUCGUUUACACUUAGUUAUUGCAAUAUUAUUCUAUAGAAUAAUAUUAAUAUUAUAUAUCAAUCACAAGCUAAUGCAUUAAAUUUGACAGCCGUGGUUUAUUCCUAAUUGAUGCGAUAUUAUUCAGUGAUUAAUCAUGAGUUAAUCCUUUAAAUUUUACAACCCUUGUUGUUAAUUAAUGCAAUAUAAUUCUGUGAUUAAUCAUGAGUUAAUGCAUUAAAUUUGACAGCCCUCGUUUAUGCUUAAUUAAUGCAAUAUUAUUCUGUGAUGUAUCACAAGUUAACGCAUUGUAUUUUACAGCCCUCGUUAUACUUAAUUAAUGCGAUAUUAUUCUGUGAUUAAUCACGAGUUAAUCCUUUAAAUUAGACAGCCCUUGUUUACACUUAAUUAAUGCAAUAUUAUUCUGUGAUUAAACACAAGUUAAUGCAUGAAAUUUGACAGUUUUUGUUCAUACCUAAUUCAUGCGAUAUUCUGUGAUUAAUCACAUGAGUUAAUGUAUAAAAUUUGACAGUCCUUGUUUAUGCUUAAUUAAUGCAAUAUUAUUCUGUGAUUAAUCACGAGUUAAUCCUUUAAAUUAGACAGCCCUUGUUUACACUUAAUUAAUGCAAUAUUAUUCUGUGAUUAAACACAAGUUAAUGCAUUAAAUUUGACAGUUUUUGUUCAUACCUAAUUUAUGCGAUAUUCUGUGAUUAAUCACGUGACUUAAUGUAUAAAAUUUGACAGUCUUUGUUUAUGCUUAAUUAAUGCAAUAUUAUUCUGUGAUUAAUCACAAGUUAACGCAUUAAAUUUUACAGCCCUCGUUUAUACUUAAUUAAUGUGAUAUAAUUCUGUGAUUAAUCACGAGUUAAUCCUUGAAAUUAGACAGCCCUUGUUUACACUUAAUUAAUGCAAUAUUAUUCUGUGAUUAAUCACAAAUUAAUGCAUUAAUUUUGACAGCCGUGGUUUAUUCCUAAUUGAUGUGAUAUUAUUCUGUGAUUAAUCAUGGGUUAAUACUUUAAAUUUUACAACCCUUGUUGUUAAUUAAUGCGAUAUAAUUCUGUGAUUAAUCAUGAGUUAAUGCAUUAAAUUUGACAGCCCUCGUUUAUACUUAAUUAAUGCAAUAUUAUUCUGUGAUUAAUCACAAGUUAAUCCAUUAAAUUUGACAGCCCUCGUUUGUAUUUAAUUAAUGCGAUCUUAUUCUGUUAUUAAUCACAUGAAUUAAUGCAUUAAAUUUGACAGCCCUUGUUUACACUUAAUUAAUGCAAUAUUAUUCUGUGAUUAAUCACAAGUUAAUGCAUUAAUUUUGACAGCCGUGGUUUAUUCCUAAUUGAUGUGAUAUUAUUCUGUGAUUAAUCAUGGGUUAAUACUUUAAAUUUUAAAACCCUUGUUGUUAAUUAAUGCGAUAUAAUUCUGUGAUUAAUCAUGAGUUAAUGCAUUAAAUUUGACAGCCCUCGUUUAUACUUAAUUAAUGCAAUAUUUUUCUGUGAUUAAUCACGAGUUAAUCCAUUAAAUUUGACAGCCCUCGUUUGUAUUUAAUUAAUGCAAUCUUAUUCUGUUAUUAAUCACAUGAAUUAAUGCAUUACAUUUGACAGCCCUUGUUUACACUUAAUUAAUGCAAUAUUAUUCUGUGAUUAAUCACAAGUUAAUGCAUUAAAUUUGACAGCCGUGGUUUAUUCCUAAUUGAUGCGAUAUUCUGUGAUUAAUCAUGAGUUAAUCCUUAAAAUUUUACAACCCUUGUUUUAAAUGAAUGCGAUAUAAUUCUGUGAUUAAUCAUGAGUUAAUGCACUAAAUUUGACAGCCCUCGUUUAUACUUAAUUAAUGCAAUAUUUUUCUGCGAUUUAUAACGAGUUAACCCAUUAAAUUUAAUUAAUGCGAUCUUAUUCUUUUAUUAAUCACAUGAAUUAAAUUAAAUUUGACAGCCGUGGUUUAUACUUAAUUAAUGCAAUAUUAUUCUUUGAUUAAUCACGAGUUAAUAAUUAAAUUUGACAGCCGUGGUUUAUACAAGAUUAACUUGGUGUUUUUUGUAUAAUUCACAUGAGUUAAUGCAUUCAAUUUGACAGCUUUCGUUUAUACAUAAUUAAUGAAAUAUUAAUCUGUGAAUAAUCCCGAGUUAAUUCAUUAAAUUUGACAGCCAUGGUUUAUACAAGAUUAAUUUGGUAUUUUUUUGCGAAAUUCACAUGAGUUAAUGCAUUCAAUUUGACAGCCCUAGUUUAUACUUAAUUAAUAUAUUAUUCUGGGAUUAAUCAUGAGUUAUUCCUUUAAAUUUGACAGUCCUUGUUCAUAUUUAAUUAAUGCAGUAUUAUUCUGUGAUUAAUCACAUGAGUUAAUCCAUUUAAUUAUUCAAUUUGACAGCACUUAUUUCUACUUAAUGUAAAGGAUAUUAUUCUGAUUAAUCAUGAGUUAAUGCAUUAAAUUUGACAGCCCUUUUUUAUUUUUAAUUAAAGUGAUAUGAUUCUGUGAAUAAUCACAUAAAUUCAUGCAUUAAAUUUGACAGCCCUCGUUUAUACUUAAUUUAUGCGAUAUUAUUCUGUGAUUAGUCAUGAGUUAAUGCAAUAAAUUUGACAAUCCUCGUUUAUAAUUCAUGUGAUAUUAUGUGAUUAAUCACGAGUUAAUGUGUGUAAUUCACAUGAGUUCAUGCAUUAAAAAUGUCUCCCCGGUUUAUGGAUGAUUAAUGCACUAAUUAAUGGCUUUGACACAUGGUUAAUUGGAUGAUAUUUAGUGAUUAAUCACAUUACAUUUGACAUCUCAAUGUGAGAAUCUUGUGGGACUAAUCAUAUUAGUCAAGAAGUUGACAGCUGUAGUUACUAAUUAAUGUGAUAUUUGUGUGAUGAUCACAUGCAUUAAUUACUGCACUGGACCUGGCAACCCUAGUUUAGGUGUGAUGCAAUACGUUGACAGUUAAUACAUGAUUAAUGCCAUCAUUCUUGGGAUUAUUGCAUCAAAUCUAAUAUUCCUGCUUCAUACAUGAAUAAUGCAAUAUUGUGGGGUUAAUAAUGUCAUACACCUCCUUUAUACUUGAUAUAAUAUUUAGGUGGUGAUUAAUCGCUUGAGUUAUAGCAAUACAUAUGACAGCGCAUGAUUCAUGUGUUCAUCUUUUACAUUCAUUGCAAUAUUAGUGUGAUUAAUCCCUUGAUAUGUGAAUAAUGUGAUAAUAGUUGGUGAUUCAACACAUUCAGUUUCACAGCAUUAGUUUAUAGAUGAUUAAUGCAAUCAUUUCAGGGCGAUUAAUCGCUUAAAAUAAAGCAUUAAAAUGAGGAGCCCCAUUGAUUGACAGGAUCAUUUUUGGUGAUUAAUCACAUGAAUUAAUGCAUUCAAGCUGACAGCACUAGUUUAUACAUGAUUAAUGCAGUCAUUUGAGGGCGACUGAUCAAUUGAGUUAAUACAUUAAAUAUGACAGCCUCAGUUUAUACUUGAUUAAUGCGAUCAUUUUGGGUGAUUAAUCGCUUGAGUUAAUACAUUCAAUUUUAUAGCACUAAUUUUUACAUGAUUAAUGCAGUUAUUUGAGGGCGACUGAUCAAUUGAGUUAAUACAUUAAAUAUGACAGCCUCAGUUUAUACUUGAUUAAUGCGAUCAUUUGGUGGUGAUUAAUUAACUUAAUACAUUAAAUAUGACAGCCCUAGUUUAUACAUGAUUAAUGUAGUCAUUUGAGGGCGACUGAUCAAUUGAGUUAAUACAUUAAAUAUGACAGCCUCAGUUUAUACUUGAUUAAUGCGAUCAUUUUGGGUGAUUAAUCGCUUGAGUUAAUACAUUCAAUUUGAUAGCACUAAUUUUUACAUGAUUAAUGUAGUCAUUUGAGGGUGACUGAUCAAUUGAGUUAAUACAUUAAAUAUGACAGCCUCAGUUUAUACUUGAUUAAUGCGAUCAUUUUGGGUGAUUAAUCGCUUGAGUUAAUACAUUCAAUUUGACAGCCCUAGUUUAUACAUGAUUAAUGUAGUCAUUUGAGGGCGACUGAUCAAUUGAGUUAAUACAUUAAAUAUGACAGCCUCAGUUUAUACUUGAUUAAUGCGAUCAUUUUGGGUGAUUAAUCGCUUGAGUUAAUACAUUCAAUUUGACAGCCCUAGUUUAUACAUGAUUAAUGUAGUCAUUUGAGGGCGACUGAUCAAUUGAGUUAAUACAUUAGAUAUGACAGCCUCAGUUUAUACUUGAUUAAUGCGAUCAUUUUGGGUGAUUAAUUAACUUAAUACAUUAAAUAUGACAGCCCUAGUUUAUACAUGAUUAAUGUAGUCUUUUGAGGGCGACUGAACAAUUGAGUUAAUACAUUAAAUAUAACGGCCUCAGUUUAUACUUGAUUAAUGCGAUCAUUUCGAGUGAUUAAUCGCUUGAGUUAAUACAUUCAAUUUGAUAGCACUAAUUUUUACAUGAUUAAUGCAGUCAUUUGAGGGUGACUGAUCAAUUGAGUUAAUACAUCAAAUAUGACAGCCUCAGUUUAUACUUGAUUAAUGCGAUCAUUUUGGGGUGAUUAAUUAACUUAAUACAUUGAAUAUGAGAGCCCUUGUUUUUACAUGAUUAAUGCGAUCAUUUUGGGUGAUUAAUCACUUGCAUUAAUCCAUUAAAUAUGACAGCCUUAGUAUAUGCUUGAUUAACACCAUCAUUUUGGGUGGUUAAUUGCUCAAUUUAAAACAUACACUUUGACAGCUUUAGUAUACACUUGACUAAUGUGAUCAUUAUUAUUAUGAUCAUGAUUAAUGCGAUAAUUGAUCAUGAAUAAUGCGAUAAUUUUUGGGUGAUUAAUCGCUUGAAAUAAAGCGUAAAGUUUGACAGCCAUAGUUUAUACUUAAUUAAUGCGAGAAUUUUUGAUGAUUAAUCGCAUGAGUUGAAACAUAAACUUUGACAGCCCUAGUUUAUACUUGAUUAAUGUGAACAUUUGGGGGUGAUUAAUCACUUGUGUUAAUACUCUACGUUUGACAGCCUUAGUUUCUACAUGAUUAAUGCGAUCAUUUGGCUGAUUAAUCGCUUGAAUUAAAGCAUACAUUUUGACAGCUCUAGUUUAUACUUGAUUAAUGUGAUCAUUUGGGGUGAUUAAUCACUUGUGGUAAUACUUUAAAUUUGACAGCUUUAUUAUAUGAUUGAUUAAUGCCAUCAUUUUGGGUGAUUCAUUGCUUGAGUUAAUACAUUAAAUAUGACAGCCCUAGUUUAUACUAGAUUAAUGCAAUAUUUUCAGUGUGAUUAAUCACCUGUGUUAAUACAUUAAAUAUGACAGCCUUAGUGUAUAUACUUGAUUAAUGCGAUCAUUUUGGGUGAUUAAUCGCUUGAGUUAAAGCAUAAAUGUGACAGCCCUAGUUUAUACUUGAUUAAUGCAAUAAAUUUGGGUGAUUAAUCACUUGCGAUAAUACUUUAAAUUUGACAUCUUUAUUAGAUGCUUGACUAAUACCAUCAUUUUGGCCGAUUAAUCGCUUGAGUUAAUGCAUAAAAUCUGACAGGCUUGGUUUAUACAUGAUUAAUGUGAUCUUUUUGGUGAUUAAUCGCUUGAGUUAAAGCAUACAAUUUGACAGCACUAGUUUAUAUGUGAUAAUGCGAUACAUUUUGGUGAUUAAUCACUUGCGAUAAUACUUUUAAUAUGACAGUCCUAGUUUAUACUUGAUUAAUGCGAUCAUUUUGGGUGAUUAAUCGCUUGAGUUAAAGCAUAUAUUUUGACAGCCUUAGUUUAUACAAUUAAUGCGACACAUUUUGGUGAUUAAUCGCUUGGGUUAAUACAUUAAAUUUGACAGCCUUAGUAUAAACUUGAUUGAUGCCAUCAUUUGGGUGAUUAAUCGCUUGAAUUAAAGCAUACAUUUUGACAGCUCUAGUUUAUACUUGAUUAAUGUGAUCAUUUGGGGUGAUUAAUCACUUGUGGUAAUACUUUAAAUUUGACAGCUUUAUUAUAUGAUUGAUUAAUGCCAUCAUUUUGGGUGAUUCAUUGCUUGAGUUAAUACAUUAAAUAUGACAGCCCUAGUUUAUACUAGAUUAAUGCAAUAUUUUCAGGGUGAUUAAUCACCUGUGUUAAUACAUUAAAUAUGACAGCCUUAGUGUAUAUACUUGAUUAAUGCGAUCAUUUUGGGUGAUUAAUCGCUUGAGUUAAAGCAUAAAUGUGACAGCCCUAGUUUAUACUUGAUUAAUGCAAUAAAUUUGGGUGAUUAAUCACUUGCGAUAAUACUUUAAAUUUGACAUCUUUAUUAGAUGCUUGACUAAUACCAUCAUUUUGGCCGAUUAAUCGCUUGAGUUAAUGCAUAAAAUCUGACAGGCUUGGUUUAUACAUGAUUAAUGUGAUCUUUUUGGUGAUUAAUCGCUUGAGUUAAAGCAUACAAUUUGACAGCACUAGUUUAUAUGUGAUAAUGCGAUACAUUUUGGUGAUUAAUCACUUGCGAUAAUACUUUUAAUAUGACAGUCCUAGUUUAUACUUGAUUAAUGCGAUCAUUUUGGGUGAUUAAUCGCUUGAGUUAAAGCAUAUAUUUUGACAGCCUUAGUUUAUACAAUUAAUGCGACACAUUUUGGUGAUUAAUCGCUUGGGUUAAUACAUUAAAUUUGACAGCCUUAGUAUAAACUUGAUUGAUGCCAUCAUUUGGGUGAUUAAUCGCUUGAAUUAAAGCAUACAUUUCGACAGCUCUAGUUUAUACUUGAUUAAUGUGAUCAUUUGGGGUGAUUAAUCACUUGUGGUAAUACUUUAAAUUUGACAGCUUUAUUAGAUGCUUGAUUAAUACCAUCAUUUUGGGCGAUUAAUCGCUUGAGUUAAUGCAUAAAAUUUGACAGCCUUGGUUUAAACUUGAUAAAUGCAAUCUUUUCGGGGUGAUUAAUCACUUUAGUUAAUACUUAAAAUAUGACAGCCUUAGUAUAUACUUGAUUAAUGCGAUCAUUUUGGGUGAUUAAUCGCUUGAAUUAAAGCAUACAUUUUGACAGCCUUAGUUUAUACAAUUAAUGCGACACAUUUUGAUGAUUAAUCGCUUGAGGUUAUACAUUAAAUUUGAAAGCUUUAUUAGAUGCUUGAUUAAUACCAUGGUUUUGGGCGAUUAAUCGCUUGAGUUAAUGCUUAAAAUCUGACAGCCUUGGUUUAUACUUGAUUAAUGUGAUCUGUUUGGUGAUUAAUCGCUUGAGUUAAAGCAUACAAUUUGACAGCCCUAGUUUAUAUGUGAUAAUGCGAUACAUUUUGGUGAUUAAUCACUUGCGAUAAUACUUUGAAUAUGACAGUCCUAGUUUAUACUUGAUUAAUGCGAUCAUUUUGGGUGAUUAAUCGCUUGAGUUAAAGCAUAAAUUUUGACAGCCUUAGUUUAUACAAUUAAUGCGACACAUUUUGGUGAUUAAUCGCUUGGGUUAAUACAUUAAAUUUGACAGCCUUAGUAUAAACUUGUUUAAUGCCAUCAUUUGGGUGAUUAAUCGCUUGAAUUAAAGCAUAAAUUUUGAUAGCUCUAGUUUAUACUUGAUUAAUGUGAUCAUUUGGGGUGAUUAAUCACUUGUGUUAAUACUUUAAAUUUGACAGCUUUAUUAGAUGCUUGAUUAAUACCAUUGUUUUGGGUGAUUAAUCGCUUGAGUUAAAGCUUAAAUGUGACAGCCUUAGUUUAUACUUGAUUAAUGCAAUAAAUUUGGGUGAUUAAUCACUUGAGUUAAUACUUAAAAUAUGACAGCCUUAGUAUAUACUUGAUUAAUGCGAUCAUUUUGGGUGAUUAAUCGCUUGAGUUAAAGCAUACAUUUUGACAGCCUUCGUUUAUACAAUUAAUGCGACACAUUUUGGUGAUUAAUCGCUUGAGUUAAUACAUUAAAUUUGACAGCCUUCGUUUAUACAUGAUUAAUGCGAUAUUUUUGGUGAGUAAUCGCUUAAGUGAAUGCAUUACAAAUGUGUACUUACCAGUUUGUACAUAAUUAGUGUGAUUGAUUACAUGAAUGAAGGCAUUAAAUUGGACCCUCUUUAAUGAUUAAUGGCAUGAGAAUUGAAUGCAACUCUGCUUGGGCCCUGCAAGGACUUGUAUUGAUUAUUGCUCAUUGAUCACUAAAAUGAAAAGCAUCAUCAUUUUGGGAAACCCCUGAUUUGUAAAAAGACAAGUUUGCUAUUUGGACGUCAUCAAAACUAGCAACCUCAGACCGAGCUGCAAGGCAGAAGCAAUCCAGAGUUGAGAAGAAAAGCCGAGAUUUCAUUUGUCGUUUUGGUGAACAAAAGGUGGUCCAAAGGGCUGGUGGAAGUUGCUGACAUCGACAAAACAAAACAAAAAAAAAACUCACGCCCCGUUCUUUCACAAUUCUUUUCUAGAACUUUCUAUGGCGUCGGCGUGAAGACAAAAGUUCACUUUGUGCGUCACUCUUCACCUUCAACGAAGCAAAAUGCAAGCCGAGGGGCAAUAACUCCUUUUGUGUUCACACACACAGACAAGCGCAGUGCAGUAUAUAUAUAGAGAGAAAUAAAUAUAUAUAAAUAUAUAUAUAUAUAGAUAUAUGUCAAAGAUCAUCUAUGUCACACUAAACGCCACAAGAAAGAUACGUCUUGACAGUAUCUGUAACAAUGUUGUGUACAGAUGAACUAUCGCUACGGAGACCUUGUAGAAACUCAAGUGUCACAUGACAUCCCGACUUUUUCAUUUUGCUUUUGGGAGCCACUGGUUGCUACGGAGACAGCCGGGAGGAAAAUCAAACGACGUUUUUUCUUUUUCGUUGUUUGAAUGUUCUGGACCGCCGUUACUUUUCACAUCAUCGUCCAAUAAAGUGAGACUGAAAGUGA